AGUAAGGGGGUAGCAACGACUGGAAUGUUAAAUCCAUAAAAUAAUUCUUUAAAAGGAGCUGAGUCAGCUCCCUCGCAACUGGUGUCUGCAUUUACUUUCAAAAAAUGUAUUGGUGCCCAUGCGUUUGCCUGUGAUGCAGUGGAGGGUCAGAGCUCAUGAUUUCAGCCUUGCUUUACUCUUUAGGUGGCAAGAGGUAUAUUCUGGGACCAGCUCUACUGCCAUCCUGCAGAGACACAGUAAUGGCUUCCUCUGAUGGCAGUGCCUUUGUAUUCCCUCCCUUCCCGUGCUUUUUCAGAGGUUGACAGAAAAUGGGAUUCAAAAUCAGGGCAGAGUUAAAGGUCUGCAAACGGUGGCUGUGUAAAUAUGUCUGCGGCCCUUCUGCCACCAACACUGCUAACUCACUUAAGCUCAGGUGGUGACACCAGCAAGCUGUAUUUAACAUCAAAGUACCAGGAGAGUCAGCAGGGCCUGCAGAAAACUCCGCCAGGCUGAUUGCAGCUCAGUCAGAACCAUCAGGCAGCCGAAGGCGAGGAAGUCUCUGCACACCAGUGAAUUUAUAAGCCGGUUGCAGAAGCCACACGGUUGUGUGGUGAACGGGCUUUGAGUAGACAUUCUAAGGGGCAUAAAGACAGACCUGCUCAAGGUACAGAUGGUAGGUAAUCGCUCAGUGAAUACAGUGAUAGAAACUUUUUGUUCUGCACCUUUUUCUUUGGUUUGUUUGUUUGCUUAUGAUGUUGGUAAAUGGCAUUUGAAAAUAGUUUUAUGUUUACAUUUCCUCAUCGAAUUUUAUGUCAGAUUCUAUUUGACUUAACAAGUCAGUGACUUGCAUAGCUACUCACUUCCUCCCAACUCUGGAAUAAAGGACUGCAGUGGAGAUGACUGGAGACCCAGAGCAGGCUACCAGUUCUUCUGUUCAGAGUCUGCCCAUCCCCUCACGGGGUUGCACCAGGCUCUGCAGGGUGGUGCUGGAUGCGGAAUAACUUUCAUCCAUUUGGGAUGCCCUGCUGCUUCCCACCCACAGUCUGAGAAAGCAGGCAGCCUUCAGAGGAAUUCUGAGUGGUUGUUGUAUGGUAGAGCUUAUUAGCUAAACAGGAAGCCCCUUACACCUCUUCUGAUGGAACUACAAGAGGCCCCUAGAGUCUUAUGGAAGGUACCCGUGUGGACACACUUGGAGGCAGCAGUCAGAUCGCCAAGCUACUAUUUUUCUUAAUUUUUUCAACAUGGACACAUGCAAACAAACAUGGAUAUUUUGGAGUGUGAAAAAAGCUGAUGCCAAUACACCUGGUUAAGAUAACCCUUAGCAAAAAAUACCAACCCCAACACAGCAGACCCAUAUGUUUCGAAGUGAUUGACUCCUUACAAAACCCUAGUACAAAGUAAAGGCAAACUUGAAAAAGAAUGGGUGUUUAUUCAUGUCGAGCCAACAGUUCAGGUGAGAAUGUCCUUCUCCCAGUGAAGCUUGAGACGAAUUACCAAUCUACCGUAGGCGUGUAGGGGAGUUUUAUUGUUUGUAGUAUUAUACAGUCAGAAAAUUACCUAAAACAGUGAAGGAGACAGCGCUGUCUGUCUACCAGACCCCAAUACCAAGCAGAAGUCUACACGAAUCACUUUCUUAAGAUUCUACGAUGGAGAAAACAGGCCAGCACAGAGUUAGUUUUUAUCUGGCCCCUUUGAUUAGUAAAGGAGUCAGAAAAUAUCUUCAUGGGAAAUGAGAAGUUCAAGGUUGCUAGACCUUAACUCAUGGUUGGUAGUGAAGGUCUUUCAACUAUGGGGAAAGAAGCCCGGGCAGAUUUAUGCCGGGCACUGAACGCUACUUUGUGACUUAAGCUUUAUGUACUGAGAUAGAAAUGAAUGUUGUCGAUGGGGUUUAGCUCACAAGACUUUGCUGCAUUUACCAGGAGGCAAGUAAUAUGGGACUGGAAGUAUGUAGUUGCAAACACCUCGCCUCAGAGUGAAGAGGGGGUGGAAGUGGACUCUCAAGCAUACAGCCACCGGUGGAAAAGAAACGUGGACCCUUUUAAAGCUGUAGACACAAACCGAGCCAGCAUGGGCCAAGACUCUCCGGAGUCCAGAGGCUUCCCCGACCUGCUACUGGAUGACGGGCAGGACAACACCACCCAGAUCGAGGAGGACACAGAUCACAAUUACUACAUUUCUCGGAUAUAUGGCCCAGCGGAUUCUGCCAGCCGGGAUCUGUGGGUGAACAUAGACCAAAUGGAAAAGGACAAAGUGAAGAUUCACGGGAUACUUUCCAACACUCAUCGGCAAGCUGCAAGAGUGAAUCUGUCCUUCGAUUUUCCAUUUUAUGGUCAUUUUCUAAAUGAAGUCACUGUGGCAACUGGGGGUUUCAUAUACACUGGAGAAGUUGUGCAUCGAAUGCUGACAGCUACACAGUACAUAGCCCCUUUAAUGGCAAAUUUUGAUCCCAGUGUAUCCAGAAAUUCAACCGUCAGAUACUUUGAUAAUGGCACAGCUCUUGUUGUCCAGUGGGACCAUGUCCACCUGCAGGAUAAUUACAACUUGGGAAGCUUCACAUUCCAGGCCACACUCCUCAUGGAUGGGCGUAUCAUCUUCGGAUACAAAGAAAUUCCGGUCUUGGUUACACAGAUAAGCUCCACCAACCAUCCAGUCAAAGUCGGGUUGUCUGAUGCAUUUGUCGUAGUCCACAGGAUCCAGCAAAUACCCAAUGUUCGAAGAAGAACAAUUUAUGAAUAUCACCGUGUAGAACUACAGAUGUCCAAAAUUACCAACAUUUCAGCUGUGGAGAUGACCCCACUCCCAACAUGUCUCCAAUUCAAUGGUUGUGGCCCUUGUGUGUCCUCGCAGAUUGGUUUCAACUGCAGUUGGUGUAGCAAACUUCAAAGAUGCUCGAGUGGAUUCGAUCGCCAUCGGCAGGACUGGGUGGACAGUGGAUGCCCUGAAGAGGUACAGUCAAAGGAGAAGAUGUGCGAGAACACAGAGCCAGGGGAGACAUCUCAAACUACUACGACCGCACAAACAACCACCACGCAAUUCAGGGUCCUGACCACCACCAGGAGAGCUGUGACGUCGCACAUGCCUACCAGCCUGCCUACAGAAGAUGAUACGAAGAUAGCACUGCAUCUCAAAGACAGCGGAGCCUCCACAGAUGACAGUGCCGCCGAAAAGAAAGGAGGAACCCUCCAUGCAGGCCUCAUCGUUGGAAUCCUCAUCUUGGUCCUCAUUAUCGCAGCAGCCAUUCUGGUGACAGUUUACAUGUAUCACCACCCAACAUCAGCAGCCAGCAUCUUCUUCAUUGAGAGACGCCCAAGCAGAUGGCCAGCAAUGAAGUUUCGAAGAGGAUCGGGACAUCCUGCCUAUGCGGAAGUUGAACCAGUUGGAGAGAAAGAAGGUUUUAUUGUAUCAGAGCAGUGCUAAGAUUUUAGGACAGAGCAGCACCAGUACUGGCUUACAGGUGUUAAGACUAAAAUUUUGCUUAUGCGUUUAAGAAAACAGACACACACCCACCACCACACAUAAAGGAGCCCUAAACUGCUGUAGACAGAAGGGCGACGAGAUUUCUGGACAAGCCCAGCCCAGGAACGUUGAAAGGAAAACUCAGACUUGUACAAGACACCAUGUACACUGAAUAAAGAAUUCCCUAGCGGAAUGACAUUCAUGGUUCACAAGGAACAUCUCCUGUGGACUUGCCAGGAGUGUGACGAGAUGACGAUGCUUUUGGUUUAGGUGCAGGGUUGCAAAGGGAUCAAGGAAAAAAAUAUGAUAAUAAAUAAAGCUUUAGUUCACAAGGGAUCUACACCUUUGGUUCAAAUGUUCUUCUCUGACGUCUCAAAGAUAAUCACGUUCCAAAGCCUGAACGCUUUCACUGCAAAGAGCAAUGGUGAAUUUUCAAGAUCACAGGGAACAGUAGCUCGCACAAGAGCAAAACCAAACAUGAAAGGAGGUUUUUCUAUCUUUUCCAAACAGACUAUCGGCAAAAGGAUUUUAUGUUGCGCUUUAGAUGCCAUUGUCCAGACAAGUUCAUUACUUUGCAGGACGAAUUGUUCAUCUGUUCAGAAGUUCAAACUAUGCCUGCCUCUUCCUUGGUAAUGAAUAACCUUCCUGUGAGCUGUGACACAAUUUCCAAAUGUUAAGCUAAGGACUAGAGAGGAGGGAGUAGCCAGUGAGGUUUUCCAUUCUCUCACUGCAGAGUAAAAUGAAAUUUGCUUCCUAAGGUGCUGCUUCUCUCCCACCUGGAGUCCCAUGGAGCCUCAUUUGCUCUUGGCUAAUGAAAACAGACAGAAAUCAGAGGAAGAUUUGUGAGAGCAUUUUUUUGAGACAAAUAUCUUAAGAAAUGUUUUUUUUUAAAAAUAUCACUAUGUCUGUAUGAAAAACCCAUUUCAUUGUCAAUCCCUGUAUAAGAAGCCAUUCAAGUCAUCAUAUCCCUGGUGAUAGAAAGAAAAAAAAAGAAUGAAAUAACCCUGCUGAAUCACACAGUAAUUUUCUUUAAAGCACAUAGUAGUUACAUAAAUAUAUAUAUAAAUAUAUUUUUGUUUAUAACUAACACAAGGCAGGCUCUUGUGGCUCUAUAGAGUGUAUUUUGUCAUCAAGACAAAAGAAAUGCAAGAUGCAUCACUGGUCCCUUCCAUAACAUUGUAAGAUACUCCUCACUAUUUUUAUGUGACUUCCAGAAGUGGGUCAGUUGGCCACAGCAUGUAUCAUUUUACCGCUUCUUACAUCCCCUGUACCAUGUACACCAACCCCUCCCUCCUUGACUCCAAGAAGCAGUUGUAAAUGUCCCUCGAGUAGAGUGUUCAUUUGUACCCUGAUUGCAAGCCGAAUACUUUGGGAAAUUCCCCUAAAGUACAGAAAGGAAAGGUCACCAGACAAGGAGGUAAGCGGUUAAUGGAAACCAUAUCCCUAAACAUGAGUUCACAUGGCUCGCCCUGUAAAACAUUCGCAUUCUCUGCCAAGGAAAGUCCGGGUUCUUACAAGGUACAGCAUUCACCGUUUGCAGAUUCAGGUUUCACAAAACCAAGAUCCUUACCAGUCGCACCUCACUGACAGUUUACAGUCUGUGUACAAUGUCUACACUGGACAGCGGAGUGUCACGUGUCAUCUGCCAUAAACAAGGUUCUUUUCUGUCGCAUGUAUUUUGCCUACACUUUGUUCUUGCAGAUACUUCCAAGUAUUUGACGAUGGCAACUUGUCCCUGACCUUAGUUUGAAAUGUCAGAAAAGAACAAUGGAAGAGCAACCUGGUUGCAGGAUGUGAUGACAAUCUGUGCCGCAGCUAUUUUCGUGCCGUAUGCAGUAUCUCGGUUUAUUCUUGUCAGUACAGUUUUGGUGAGAGAGCAAUAACCAAAUGACUUGCCACUAUAAUUGGUGCAACUGGUAUUCUACAGACACAUAUGCUACACGUGGACAACUUCCUUUUAGGGCAAGACAAGGAUGCUUUCACGAGCUUUGGCAGUAAUCAUGGCUUCCAAGAGCAAGGGAUUAGCAGCAGCCUAGAUCUCUUAGCAUAUUUAUAUUUCACUCCUUGCAUAAUUCCUUUAAACAGUAACGUUAACCUUAUAUUCUUCAAAGCCCAUCCUCUAGUUUAGACUUAAUCGAUAGUUUUGGUAAAUGAAUGCACAAGACAAGACCCUCUAAAUCGUUUAGCAUACCAAAGCACUCAGUAACAAGAGAAAGGCAAUUGGAAGCAAAAUGAUGCAAAGUUGUGUGGAAAUGUUCAAAAAUAAUUGAGAGAGAAUAAGAAGUUCUGCUUUGCAUGAAUCCACAAGAAGUAAGAAGAAAUAUUGGGAGAGUCUCUUCCUGCUAUAAAAUUCUAGUUCUGUUUGUGCUUCUGGUUUGUUCUCAAUUCCUGUUUUCUUCAGAUGAAGGGUAUAGAGGGUUUCCAAAAACUUCAAAAAGGAGUCCAGUGGAACGGACUUUGUUUGAAUUAUGCAUUACAAAGGGUAGACACAUGCACCUUAGUCAAUAUUCUGUGAGAAUGAAGGAAGAUUGCCAAUGGUGUUUUUAUAAGACGACCAACAAUGUAAUGCAUACAACCUUAGAGGAAAUCAGAGAAACGGUUUUACAAAGGAACUCAUGAGUGUUGCCUUAAUUAUUUGUAAGAAUAGUAAUCAGUGAUCAGACUUACCAGUCCACCAACAAGAUGUUACAGGCCACUUAUUGGCAUGUUUGUGAAUGGUUGAGACCUUGUGGGACAUUAACAAAUAGAAAGAGAAUGGUUAAAGACAAAGGACAACUGAGCACAAAUGUUUUUAUGGCAAGGUUUAUAGGGUAUUUAGUAGAUUCUCAAAUCUAGAGUAGUGCUGUCUACACUACUGACCAGUUAUGAGUAUUGAUCUAUAAAUUAAAUACAAUUUACAUUCAGCUGCCUGGUCACAUUUUGAAUGACCCAUAGACACACAUGACUCAUGGCUGCCAUUGUGGGGUACACACAAUCCUUCUAUCAUUGCAGAAAGUUUUAAUGUAAGAUACUAUAAUGUUUCAAUUGAACUGUUUGCUUUUGAAGGAAAUAGUGGAGGAAGGAGGGAUGGGAGGAAGGAAGGAAGAAAGGAAGGAAGGAAGGGAGGAAGAAAGGAAAGAAGGAAGGAAGGAAAGAAGGAUGGACAGAAGGGUAUUUGAUAGCUCUUAGAUAUAUUGUAACAAUUAUUUUCUUGUAACCUAAGAGAAUCCUCAUAAAGAAAUGAUGAGAAUACCAGUUGACAUGGCUUUGUGUCUCCAUAGUGUUUCCUUGAGAAAAACCACUUCAAUUUUCAUGAGUCUCAAUCUUCUCAUUGGAAGAAAAAUUAAAUAUAUUUUCCUGUCUUUUGCAAGAUUGUCUUACAAACUGACUAAUACAGAUGUAAAUACUGUUGAAACCUUACAGCAAAGUGAUCUGUAAAGCACAUCUGUAUGGCAAGCACCAAAUUGCACACAAGGGAAGAAGAAUUCAUCAAUCCAAAAGGCAACUGGACAAUCAAGGCAGUACAUUCUUGAGAAAAUGUCAAAGCGCAUAUCAAAACCACUUGAGUUUCUUUUUGUCCAUUUUUUUUCUGCUACUUUCUCUUAUUUGACAAAUGUCCUUCAUCUACCCCAUUUGCCUCGACUCUUUCUUAUUUGGAGUCACUGUGUGCCUCUGGUUUGUUCUACUCAGGAAUCUCAGCGUCUUAGCAGGGGUUCUUUUGAAAGCAAAAUAAACGACACUCAAACAUUAGUUAUCUCAGAUUUAUUUUAUUUCUAUUAAAAAAGUAAGGAGCUAUAACAUUGCUAUAUAAAUGUGGGGAAAACUUACUUUUGAUGUAAAUUCUACAAAUGACAGACUUUAUAACAGAAAUAAAAUUACCUUAAAGUAUGCUCGUGUCCAGAUAAUACAUAGUGUGAGAAGGCAUAUACUCUGUUCUUUUUACUGAUGUGAAAACCAAGGCUUAGAUAGAUUCACUGAUUCUCACUGGUACCAAAAGUGGGUUUUGAUUAAACCUCUCAAUUGCUUUUUCUUGUUUGAUUACUAUGGCUGACAUUCCUCUGUAAGUGAUUAAAGCAACCAAGCAUCUGGAAGUCAUAAUCCAUGAAAAAAUUAAUUUCACCUGCUAUAAGGAUGAUCUCUCUAUACUAUAGUAUGAGACGUUGAAACAAUUAUAGUCUUCUAUGCUGUUACUUUCUUAAGAAUGCUUUUGUUCUAUUUCAAAUUCUAUCUCUGGUAGGGUCCUUAUAUGUCCUCUUUCUCACUUCCUAAGCUGUGGUCAUCAGGUUAGCAGUGCUAUUUAUCUUUGUCAUUUGAAUGACUUUCUGCCUUUGUUUCAUUUCUAUUCAAUUGUAUUUGAAUACUAAUACUGUUGAUUGAAGAAUUUCUGCCACAUAGAUAAUUACAGUUUUUACUUGUCCAUGGAAACUAUUCGGGAACUUGUGUUCUAAGAAGGUCUUAUGGGAAAAUAUUGUGAGAUCAGGGGUGUUACCUAUGAUAUACUCAUAUCAUUGUGUUUUUAUAAAGCACUUUACAUUUUACAGAGUACAUUGAUUCAUGCUUUUACUUGUUCUUUCAUUGAACGACCUAAUUAAUUUUCAUAUAUAUUAACCACCUACUGAAAGUUACUCUGCAGAUCUUGUGGUACAAGAAAACAAAUUAUGUGGUGUUUCAGUGUGUGUGUGUGUGUGUGUGUGUGUGUGUGUGUGUGUGUGUGUGUGUGUGUAAACUGUUCAGGGUACAAGAGAAAUGGCUUAGUGGCUAAGAAUAAUUGCUAUUUUUUUUCAGAAGACCAGAGUUUGGUCCACAGUGUUCACAACCAUUUGUAACCCAAGCCCUAAGGAAACUCACAUCAUUUUCUGUUAUACACACACAUGCACAAACACACAUAUAUACAUAAUUUAAACAUUAAUAAGUCUAAAUAAAUAGUUUAGGGGAUAAAUAUAACAUUAUAAUACAAUAAGAUCAUCAAACACAACUUUACAAAUAAGAAAAGCAUUACUCCAUCAAUUUUUAAUUCAAAGAAUUAUUUGCUCUAUUUCAAAUAAGCUGCUAACUUUAUGAGUGAGAACAGAAAGGCUCAAAGGUCCAGGAAAAAUUGUCCAUUCUCUUAAAUGUGUACUGAGCAGAUCUAGAGUGGAGUUUCUCUUUCCUUGCAUGGAUUCUGCUGUCAUUUUUAAAUGGUGACUAUCUUUGGUUUUAGACACCAGUGCAUCUAAAAAGCUUUUACCCUUCAGAGUCACUGCAGUUGUUCUGUCAAAAGACAGACUUCCUUUCCUCAACUUAGAGCUGUUGACAUGUGAAGUUUAUUAAGUCUCUGUUGAAGAUUUGGAAAGUGGGUACCUACCUCCCUUCUAAUCCUCAUGGUAUUUGGCGGCCUUCAUGACUUUAAUGAUUACUCAACAGUAUACAAAUCCCUCCAAUAAAAAGGCUUUUAUAAACAUCAUUAGUCUUCUUAGAGUGCAAAAUGGGAAGAGGAUGGCCAAAGCAUCCCUUGUAAAAAUCCCUGUAUUGCCUGGAAAGUAGAGUUUUGUCAGGAGUCAGGCCCCAGAACAGUAGUCGACACCUGCAAUUCAAGCCAUGGGAGGCAGGUGCAGGAGGAUUACAAUUCAGAGUUGAGGAGAGAGGUUGGGGGAAAGAUUUAAAGAAAUCUCCCUUUCUUUUAUUAUUUAAUCUUUAUCAUACACUUAUUUUUAUUCAUAUCAAAGCUGGAAAUCACAAACUUCAAACUACAAAAGUAGCAUGUAAUUCAAUCACAGCCCAACAUAACCUUUAUCCAGUACUCCACCUCUAACAAUUAUGUUGAGGACCUAAUUAGGAGGAGACUAGAAGAUAGGCUAUCUUUGGAAAGUUGAAAUUUGGCUGAUGGAUCAUCAGUCAUCAGGUUGUCAAGCAGUGACACCUUGUAUCCAUAAUUGCUGAAGCAACAGUCUGUACUCAGUGCAGAGCCAUGACCCUGAAGUCAUGCAGCUAGAGUAUCUCAGACUUGGAUCAUUUCCCUCAUCUACAAAUUGGAGCUUCAAAAUGUGCACGGAAGACAAAGCUGCUUGCAUCUAAUUUUAAGUAAGACUGGAUGGCCUUUCUGUUUUUAAUUCCUGAAAGUUUUCCUAUCAGGACCAUAAGAAUACUCUCUCCUGUCACCUAAUCAACCAUGUGCUUAAAGCAAUAAUGCUGAUAUGAUGGGCUCUGUACUAUUCUGUGAAAAUAAUACUGCCCCAAGACACUGAAAAUUCACAACUUCAGACUUGAGAUGCUUACGGAUGUCACAGCAGUUUGUAUGACUUUAAUGUGCCUUAUGUCAGUGUUCCUAAAGGUCAGUAGCUUCUUGUAGAUAACUGUCAAUAUAGUGAGUUUGUACUUUUGGUCAUUUUGCAUCAGUUGAGAAGCUCGGUGAAGCUUCCUGAAGACAGUUCUUUAAUAUUUCAGGAAAAUGAAGAAUAAAAAUUGGAUUAUCUGUUUUUCCUUUGCCUUUCCUUGAAGAUGUUGGAACUAGGUAGCAUUCAGAGUUAUUCAGUUCAUAUGAAUUAAUAGGCACAAUAGAAAACUUCAGGACAAAGUCUGAAGGCCUUGAAUACCACCAAAGACCUCUGAGGAAUAUUCUCACCUGAGAGCAUGAAAUCAGAGCUUUCCAAAUUUGGAGCACCUCAGAGGUGUUUCUAGUUUUAUACUUUCAGUCUCCUGUCAAACUACAUGGCUGCAUGUUUUUAGGUUCUGGAUCAACUGGUUCACUAAAUUCAACUCAAAUUCUACUCUAUCUUCCUAAUUGUUUCCAGGCAUAACUUUGACAGCAGUGCCUACUGCCAUUACAAUGAUUAUUACCACGAAACCUGAUUCCCUGAAUCAAAUUCCUUUAAGAAUUUUGAAGAAUAGCAUAAUGUUGGCUCCUCGAUUGUUUUAUGAAUUCUGAAGCAGUAAAUGCCCAAGGAGUAUCUGCCAAAACCUUAGAGCGCAUUGUCAACACCAAAAGGUUUUGUUACUUUAUAGCCAUGAUAAAAGGCUGGAAAGUGCAAAUUACAAUCUUGCAUUCAUCUUUGUCUAAUUUCUAAGAUUUAUUAACAUGUGAUGGUUAUUCAAAAAUUUCACUAAUGGAUUACAAUGAAAAAAAAUGCCUUGGCAGAUAUUAAUGUACGUAUUCAUUUUAUAUUUCAGCUGAAAUAUCUCAAUGAUGCUAUCCCUCCCAAGGGAGUAUGGAUUUUUAACAGCAGUCUCCCUUAUCCUUUGCAUUAUAAAAUAUGUGUGUCUGAAUUAAGGUAUCACUCAUUUAUCAUGCAACUGUAAGCUUUUGGGACCCAUCAACACAGGCAUAGCUGGAAAGCACGCUACAAGUUUGGUCCAUGAACUGUGUAGGUAAUAGUGAGGAAACAUGAGUUCCGGGGAUAUGAAUAAAGAUUCACACAUAAGAUCAGUCAGCCUGUUCAACUCUGCAGAGAAGUGUUCAAAUAAAUAUUCAAUGAGGGUCAGCUCAAAUUUAGGUCCUUCAGACACCGGAACGCAUAUUCUGGAAGUGACACGGAUAGGUGGAGGUAGACUUGAAGUACAUGAUGUCAUCAGUCAGUCUAAACCUCAGCCAUCAUUCACACACAUUUCGUUGACUUUAAGCCUAGUACCACCCAGUCCCUUGCCCUGGGGACUUCAGUGACUAAGAAUCAGGCAGUUGUUUUUCUAGUUAUGUCCUUUGAUUUAAGAGCCACAAACAUGCAGUUCAAUUUCUGUGACGGAGAGCCAGCUAACUACACAAAAGCAACAAAAAAUAACAUGGAAUAUUUCUGUCCUGAGGAAUCAGUAAGAGUGACUCUUUCAUCUAUAUUCCCCACAAUUUCUCUGUGAGAAAGUUGAUACUCAAGACCUGAACCCCAACACUGUCUGGAUGCCAUAGUGACAAUUAUGUAAACAUCUAACGAUAAUUGAACAAAGCCACAUUCAGAUUGUCAGAGCGUAGCAGGGGAAAUAAUCCUCAGCUACUUCUAAUAGACUCCUCUGAAAAUAAUACUAGAAGAAAUCAGAGCUUCCUUUGGAAUAAAGUGUUAAAACCUGUUUUAGAGAAACCAACUAAGUAUCUUUAGGAACAGAUGUCCUCUGUAUGGUGUAAGCCAAGUAUUGGGGACCCUGACUGAGCACUGAGCACGUCACUGACUGGUCAACACAUCUCAUUUUCCUGAGUUGAGGCAUCUGGGCAGGGACUUGGCGAGUAUAUUAUUUUUAAAGGAAAAAGUUAGAGACACUCGUUCUUGCAUGCCAACUGGGAUCAUGGAAAUUUGAAAUGCUAGGCAUACACUUCUGUUUCUACUCUUGCUGCCUGCGGUCCUUUGAAAGGUUGAAGGUCAAAGAGAAAAACUUGAGGACUGGUGUUGGGGGUACGCUGUCCACACUUCCUGCCAGGUGUGCAAUGCAGAGAAUAUCCGUGAGGCUCAAAGUGGAUAUAAUUGAACUGUGUUGGAGUCACAAAGCUCCCUUUCUGCUGCUGAGAACAGCACAGCAAAGAAAACCUGACCCCUGCAACCCAGUUGGCCCAAACAAAGGAAAGAUUGUGGGUGAGCACGGCCCAUUGCCAGGAUGGGUUAUGAUAUGUUAUGACUGCUUUCUGUGGCCAACCAAAUACGUGUCUUUCAGGUGAAGGUUAGUUUUGCAGAUGAUUUUCUAAAUGCAAGGCUUGAAAAACAUCAUUCCAAAUUUCUUCCAGUCUCUGGGCGCCAUUCCUCUUUCUUCUGCCAUGUCCAAGAGGCAUUCCAAGACCGUUUAUUUCUAUUGUGUUAUAAGAGUUUGCCCUUACUUCUCAAGUCACACGGCAUACCCAAGGCUGCAAAUGGGGACACAAUAGUGUCUGAUGCUGCAUGGAUUGUAUCUGAGAGCGAAAAGUGUGUGAGCCCAAUCGAAGUCCUUGGUUUAAAUCCCGUAAUCCAAAUGCUGCACAGCACACAAGCUUCUGGAAUAUACUUUAGGUGCAGACAACUUAGCUAAGCGUUAAUGUAUUUUCUUAUGGUCCAUUAGGUUUCUGUCUUUUACCUGGAAAUCCAUAUGAUUGGAAUACUUCUUUACUUAUUAACAUGUUUUCUUACACCAGGUUUUUCUGCCGGUCUUGUUCUGCAAACAAGAUGAAGGAAAUUUCUUUGCUAACUAGUAAUUGCAUAAUGAAUCCAGUAUACUUACUGGCAGCUGUACAGUAUAACUUCUAAGGACUGGAAGCUGGUAGUGACCAAAUGUUACCCACACCUAUCGAUUGCUAUUUUCAGAAUUAAAUCAUGUUCUUCUAGUUUUAAGUUGGAGUCUACAAAUCUUGAACUUUAGAAGGGAAGAAGGGAGCUAUUUGUGUAACACUGCUGUCAUGUUUGGCUGCAUAUUAAAAACAAAUAAAUGAACAUUUUGUUUUAAUUUCUUAAA